CAUAACAACGUAACGUUAUAAAUAUUACGCGCGCGGGGGAACGAUGGUCUGACGGACUGGUCGAGGUUCGCGCGAGGUGUGUUGUGACGAUAGUGUGCGCUAAGCCAAAGCAGUACACAACAAUCGCGCAAAACGUUCGCAGUUCGUAAUCACACACACACACACACACACACACUCGAGUACACGUUAUACAUUUCACUCGCACCGAACGGAUUUUUUCGCUAAUUUCAACACAGCACCCUGUUGUUCGUCGUGUUUAUCGUUCGCGCUGAAGUAGUUACCGUCUCCGUUUGCCGAUUUAAUCGUCUCUUCUCCCACCCCGUCCCGUUUGUUGAUUUCCCGACCAGUUUUCCGAGCUCCGUUUCUGUACGUACGUGUGUACAUGCACGAGUGUAUAUAUGUGUGUGUGUGUGUGAUAGUGCGCGCGCCCGCGUACAACGCUCUGUAAUCUUUUUAUUUACUAUUAUGUCCGUCGUCAUCAUCAACAUCUGAACAAAGCGCCAGCGGAAAGAAACACUAUUCUCGUGAAACACGUCAACAAUUGUCAUCAAGAUGAAGAAACGAGAAGAAAUGCAAGUUAAUGUAGCAGGUCUUAGACGAAAUUUAAAAAAUAUUGCACAUAAUUACUCUGAUGCUCAAGUAAAAGUACGAGAGGCUACUAGCAAUGAUCAAUGGGGUCCAAGCAGUACACUAAUGGCUGAAAUUGCUGACCUUACUUACAAUGUAGUUGCCUUCUCAGAAAUAAUGGCAAUUCUUUGGAAACGACUUAAUGAUCAUGGACGAAAUUGGAGACAUGUUCAUAAAGCUCUAAUCCUUUUAGAAUAUUUAAUAAAAACUGGCAGUGAAAAAGUUGCCCAGCAAUGUAAAGAAAAUCGUUUUGCGAUUAAAACAUUAGAAACGUUCCAACACAUUGAAGAGAAUAAAGAUAAAGGACAGAGGGUACGAGAUACAGCUACACAAUUAGUAGCUUUAUUAGAUGAUGAUGAACGAUUAAAAACUGAAAGAGCACGAGCAAUUAAAGCUAAAGAAAGAUCAGCACAAAAAAUUUCAAGUUUUGGCAGUGAUGGAAAUACAACUCCACAAAGCCCUAAAUACCCAUUGUUUCGAGAUUCUUAUGGACUAUAUGAUUCUCGACCCCCUGUCAAAGCGGAACUAGAAAGUGCACGGCCACAGACUGUUGGUGAAGAAGAAUUACAAUUACAACUAGCUCUGGCUAUGUCUAGAGAAGAAGCAGAACAAGAAGAACAAAAACGACGUAGUGAUGAUGUGCGGUUAAAACUUGCAUUAUCUCAAAGUGAAAAUGAAUUCAAACAAUAUUUAAGUAGUGGUUCUGAUUCUGGAGCUAAUAGUACUAAUGGCAAAAGCAGUAAUAUGUUAGACUUAUUGGGGAUCGAUCUAGAGAAUGAUUCUGAAAAAAAUGGUGCAGCAGCAGCUGCAGACCCAUGGGGUAUGCCAAUAAAAACUCAACCACAAUCACAACCUUUAAAUUGGUCUAAUGGGGAUCUAAAUAAUGGAACACCAACACGAGUUGUUGAUCCAUGGUCUCCAGUUACACACAAACAAAAUGCUACUUCUACUGCUCACGUGUUACCAAAUGCUAUAAAUGAUAGUGUCGAUCCUUGGUUAAUACAAACCACAUCAGUGGCACCAAUGACUCCACCUGACCCUUGGGCUCCUGCAACAGUUACUCAACCAAUAACUAAACCAAUCCAAGAAUUUGAUGAAUUUGCUCUUUUAGGGAAUCGAUCAUUACAAACAAAACCUACUCCUGAUCCAUUUGACCUCUCACAUAUAAACAACGAACUAUUAAGAACAUCUACGCAGAGUUCAACAUCGGGUAAGAAAACACCACACAGUUUCUUGGGUGAAAAUUCUGCAUUAGUAAAUUUGGACAAUCUAGUGACAGCUCCUAUUAAUCCAGCACCAGUUGCACAAACACGACCACCUGGUAUGGUAAACCCUUUUGGAAUAUCACAACAGCCUCCAUUUACAACUCAACCAACAGUUCCAGCAACAUUUAGUAGUUCAACUACUUCUACUUUGCCACCACCUCUUGUACCAUCUCCUAAUCCAUUUUUGUCGUAGCAAAAUCUUAAGAGUUCUUUUAAUAUUUUGUGAAAUCAUUAACAAUAACGUAACGAAAUUAUAUUUUUCUAUGGUUGUUUCCAA